UUAUUUUUUAAGAUUAGAACCAAAAGUGUCAAUAAAUCAAUUGUUUUGAAUUGAAACUUUACGUGAAAAAUGCUCCCAAGUAAAAACUUUGUGUUGAUAUUUAUGAUAUAUUAUAAUUCAAACAGAUUGAAUGAAGGUUAUCAGCAAGGUUACAAGGAAUUAUCUCGAUUGGGAACAAAUUUUUUAUUGAAAGGAAAUUUAAAAUAUGAGGAAUAUGGAAUUUCAAUGAAUUGGUUGAUAGAAGAGUCGAUAUUCGGUGAUGAAAAAAACAGUAUAGUUACAUUAAUAAAUGAAGAACAUGAAAGAGUUGAAAUAAAAGUGUUUCGCGAUUUUAAAAGGAAAAACAUUUCAUUGAUCUGUAUUCAAAAUGAGUGCGGACGAAAUACUGAUUUGUUGGAUAAAAGUUUGACGGGAUUAACUUCAGAUAUAACUCAGAUUGUGAAAGCCACACUGCUGUUGGGACCUUAUCGUAUGCUAUUGUGUGAAACUGGUGUAAACAAGGUGUAUAGUGAACAUUGGGAUUGGCCACAAAGGGUAACUUAUCCUUGCGGUCCUUUGUAUCUGAAGCCUGGUUUUCGAGAUUACGGUCGGAUUAAAUACAUUAAGAUACGUGAUAGUAAAAACCGUCUUCUUGUUGAUCAAAGAAAUGAAUCUGUAAACCUGAUUUUAUACAUAAAACAAACUGAGCCUUUUGAAAAAGCAGAAGUAUCAAUGUUGACAAAAAGUAAUCAAUACAAAUUCAAUGAAUCAAUUACUAAAUAUAAUGAAUCAGAAGUUGAUAGAGAAUAUGAAACAACUCAGCUUGCUAUAACAUCAUUGGAUUCAGUUACUGCGAUCGAGAUCAUUAAUAAACGAUUUCACCUCGAAUUUGUUUAUGACCGUAAAUUUGGUUUGAAAUACAUUCCAUCUGGUCUCAAUGAAUGCACCAUUGAAUCAAGCAGUGUUGAUAAUGAAUUAAAUUAUUUAGUUUCAGAAAGUUACAGAAAAGAGUUUGUAAAGGAACUUUAUUUACCAAGGAAUCUGGUUGCCGCAUACAGUAUGAAGUUAAGGGUUGAGGCUGAAUACAAUGUAACAAUUGGUAAUGGUCAGUAUGAUUUGGCAGUAAAAACCUAUUCAGAGUCAUAUUAUGCCGUAAGUCUCGUUUUAUUCAGAAUCAAGAAAAAGUUUUUGUAA